AUGGCAAAUUAUGGAACUCAAACCGAAUGCUGGAUAUGCUACCAGGAUGAUACGAAAGAGGAAUGCCCAUCAUCCGUUUGGAGUUCACCCUGUCCGUGCGGAUUGAAAGCACAUGAGUCAUGUCUGCUAGCUUGGAUAUCGCACCUGCAGUCAAACCCAGCCAUCGACGAUCGCCAUGCGUCAGGUGUGGUUUGCCCUUGUUGCCGGAUGAAGAUACGUUUCAUCCAGCCUCACACAGUUCUUGGCAACAUUUUCCUUGCUGUCGAAAGGGCCGUGUAUCUGGGAACUGUGCCUUCUAUGGGAUUUCUCAUUCUGUGUUUGCUACUGGCAGGGUGCUAUGUGCAUGGUUCGCUCUCACUGUACUUGAUGUUUGGCUUCAAUCAACAAGAUCGGCAGGGCAUCAACCGGCAUUUACUACCGGCUUUGAUGUUACCUGCAACCGCCAUACUACGCUCCGAUCACCGUGUGGCAAACUUUGCCUUCUGGCUUGUUCUGUUGACCGGUGUGUGUUGGGGAAGAUCACAAAUUGUGUUUGGGCAUGUCACGCCGAUCCAGGGAGGUAUUUUGCUUUCCGGUCUCCGACUGAUGUAUCAAGGCCUGCACCUGAAUCUGGUAUCAGGAGCAGAGAGACGAUGGAGGGCAACAGUGGCCGAUUUCAUGCAGACCCAUCAUGAAAUCCCCCAGGCGGGGUUUUUAUUUCGCCCAAAGGAGCAGCGCAUUACGGUAAAUGUGGUUAGCUACGAGGUCAAUGUUCUCUUGGCAUUUGUUAUGCCUGCUCUCUUUGGAGGAAUGGGCGAUUUGCUCAAUUUGGUACUGUCUACCGAUUGGACUAUUGGCUCAUCUGAUGUGGGUGGUCGCCAGAUUACUCUUCUUCAAAGCCGGGGAGGCCGGAGUAUCAUUGGGGGCUGCAUCUUCAUCUGUUUGAAAGACGCAUUGAUUUUGUGCUGUACAUGGUAUUUUUGUAAAUCCCGGCGGAAGUGUAAAAUCUUCGAUCACAGGUCAUGA